GCUUUUAGCUCUGUUAGGGCUAAAAACCAAAGACUUGGGGUUUUACAGAUUUCCUUCACCUCGAUUCACUUCGUCAAAGUUGUUACCAACAGUCUCCAUGGCACUGCCUCGAGGACCAGGACCGUAUUCUGGAACCAGCACCCUCGCCUUGGUGGCUCGUGCUUCCGCAUUCUCUCUUGGACUCGUGUAUGGCACCAUCAAGCUCAAGGUCCUCCAGGCCAAGGCUAAAUCUCACCAGAAGGCUGCAGCGAAGGCUCAUCACUGAAGCAGGUUUGUUCUAUCAAAAGUUGUGAAUGAGGAUUUGGGGAUAUAGGAAUAAUGCAUAGGGGUGGACUGUGCAAAUGUUUCAUUUCUCAGAUGUUUUUUGGAUUAUGCGAACCUUGCUUUGAAGCUGCCAGGUAGUGAUUUUGCAUUGAGAAUCUUAAUUGCAGUACUUCAGGAUGGUCAAUUUGUUGACCUCGCCUAUUCUAAUGCACUUCAAUUUCCAUUGUUUAGUGAAAUUUCGAGGGUAAUAGGCGCUUGAUUAAUAGGUAAUUAUGAUGGAUAAUAAGCUUCAAUUUCCGUAUCAUGUGGUUUGAGCUUGA